UAUCAAUCUCAGCAUACGAAACGACGUCGUUAAGCUUCAAUUUUGCUUUUAAGGAACCAAAUUUGGUUCCCAAAACUUGGGAAUUUGAGGGGUAGUUUGGGAAAUAUAUACGGGGGUGUAGGGAGGAGGGGGAGAUAGAGGGGCGUGGUGGUGAAGAGACCGGAAUUAAGCCAUAGGAGUUGCAGCACAUUUCUCUCAGUUUUGGAAUUUUUUUUUCUGUGUGUUUUGGGUGUGGAUCCAUACUGUUGCCCUUAUUAAUAAGCAAGACAGUUUGAGGAGCUUGGGUCGUCCAAGGAUAUAUUUGGAAAACUACAAAUAUUUUGGCAUAAAUUACGCGUUAACCCUACUUUACACACUGCUCAAACGAACAUAUCUGUAAUUUGCCCAGUCUUGCGCUUGGUUUCUUGCUCAAAAUUUCCGCCGCUGCUUACAAUUUCCCUUGUUUCUUUUAGUGUUCUCUCUUCCUGGACAGUUUAUUGGCCUUGAUUGUACAGUAUAAGUUCUUGGCUUCUUUCAGAUUUUCAAUUUUCUCAGAACCUCUAUCCUCAGUUGACCUCUCGAUUUGAGCAACGUGUAAAAAGAACAGAAAAGGCAGUGAUCAUGGGCUACGCACAGUUGGUUAUUGGCCCUGCAGGCAGUGGAAAGUCCACUUACUGCUCUAGUUUGCAUCAACAUUGUGAGACCACGCGGCGCACUAUCCAUAUUGUCAACUUGGAUCCUGCUGCCGAGAACUUUGACUAUCCAGUGGCUAUGGACAUCAGAGAACUCAUCUCACUGGAUGAUGUUAUGGAAGAACUAGGUCUCGGACCAAAUGGUGGCCUUAUGUAUUGCAUGGAACAUCUUGAAGAAAAUUUGGAUGAGUGGCUGACAGAAGAGUUGGACAACUACUUGGAUGAUGACUACCUAGUGUUUGACUGCCCAGGCCAGAUUGAACUUUUUUCACAUGUUCCUGUGCUGAAGAACUUUGUGGAACACCUAAGGCGUAAAAAUUUUAAUGUUUGUGUUGUGUAUUUACUUGAUUCUCAGUUUAUCACAGAUGUGACCAAAUUCAUAAGUGGUUGCAUGGCUUCACUCUCUGCUAUGGUUCAACUUGAACUACCCCAUGUUAACAUUCUCUCAAAAAUGGAUCUUGUGACAAACAAAAAGGAUGUUGAGAAUUACUUGGAUCCAGAGCCUCAGCUGUUACUAGCAGAGUUGAAUAAGCGAAUGGCUCCACAAUUUCAGAAGCUUAACAAAUCACUGAUUGAAGUGGUGGACCAGUACAGCAUGGUGAGCUUUCUCCCUCUUGACUUGAGAAAAGAGAGCAGCAUACAGUACAUCUUAUCUCAGAUUGACAACUGCAUUCAGUAUGGAGAGGAUGCUGAUGUAAAGGUUAAAGAUUUCGACCCUGAGGAGGACGAUUAAAAAUUAAUUNAUUAAAUCUUCUUGACUCGUUCUAAAAGGAGCAAGGUCUUACUCAAAUCAGUAAGGUCUUACUGAUGCUGAUGCAUGUUGCAAACUCAAAAACUACCUAAAUGUAUCACAUUAGCAGAAUAAUAGCUGCUCAAACAUGAACAAAGAAUAAAGUUUAUUCACUGCUAAUCAAGCAAUUAGCUAAACAAAAUGUAUCAGAUUAGCAGAGCUUCUCAAACACCAACUUUACCCCCAAAAAGGAUGAAUUUUCUUCUCCA